AUGGACGGCGGGCCAUUUUUCCACCCUUAGUCGAAGGAAACCUCCUCUGCUGAAACUAGCUAGCUCCCCACUGUAAAUGAGGUGCAUGUUUGUAAACUUUCCUCCAUCCCCAGAGCAAGAAGAAAAAGGCAAACAACAACACUCUCUCAAGAUCCAGUCUUUGAUUUUCCCAGAAAUCUCAUAAAUUUUCCGGGAAAACCCCAAACUUUCCUUCAUCUCCUCUCUCAUUUUCCAUGGCAAACGCCUGGAAAAGAGAUCGACCCGGAAAGCUCCUCUCCCCCAAACCCCUUCUUCUCCUCCUCCUUCUCGCCACCUCUCUUCUCCUCAUCACCUUCUUCUUCCUCGCAUCUGGCACCUCAAAUCCUAACCCUAAUCUCACCUUCAAAACCCUAGCUCUCCACCCAACAAUCCAACCCUUCGAUUGCUACACCUGCCCACAGGCCCACCCCAUCAUCGCCAAUGUUGUUGAGGGUCUCAAACACCCGUUUCUCUACUCUCUCUCGGAUUUCGGAACCCUACCCGACAAGCCCCACAAGAACAUUGCUCGGAUCCUGAAAGGCAAACUAUUUAGGCGACCCGACAUCUCGGUGACCAUUCAGGACGUGUUGGAGAAGAUGAGGGGUGAGGGAAAGAAUGGGAUUUUUGUGGAUGUUGGGGCCAAUGUGGGUAUGGCCACUUUCGCUGCGGCGGUGAUGGGGUUUAGGGUUUUAUCGUUGGAGCCGGUGUUUGAGAAUUUGCAGAGGAUUUGUGAAGGGGUGUACUUCAACCGGGUUGGGGAUUUGGUCACGGCGUUUGAGGCUGCCGCAUCGGACCAGCUUGGAAAUAUAACAUUUCACAAGUUGGUUGGCCGGCUUGACAACAGUGCAGUUUCAGCCACUGGUGCAAAGAUGGCAUUCAAGUCCAAUGAAGAGAUUGCACUUCAAGUAAGGUCCAUUCCUCUUGAUGAAGUGAUCCAAGAUUCUCAGCCUGUGCUUCUGCUGAAAAUAGAUGUUCAGGGAUGGGAGUAUCACGUGUUGAAGGGAGCCUCAAGGUUACUAUCGAGGAAGAAAGAUGAAGCCCCUUAUAUAAUCUACGAGGAAGAUGAGCGGUUGUUACAAGCCAGCAACAGCAGUGCGAAAGAGAUCCGGGAAUUCCUCCACAGCGUUGGUUACGAUGAUUGCACCCAGCAUGGUACAGAUGCGCACUGCACCAAAAAGAAAUAAGGAGAGCAUUUAUUGACAUUUUACAAUGGGAAUCCAAACAGACACUAACAGCGUAAUGGCUAUUCUUGAUACUUAUUGAAGCAAUGACAAGCGUUUAGCUGAUUGAGUGAAGAGAAUAUUCUUGGGAUAUGAACAGAGAUUUUAGAAGCUCUUGAUGAUGCCCCUGUUCCACGAGUUCUAACUUCAGCCAAAUAUUAAUUAACGGAGUGAAACUGGCUCAAUUCCGGAUUUAGAAGCAGCAGCUUGAUGAACUGGCAUUUUUGGUAAAAUGCUGGUUUGUUUGCUAGCAAGUAGUUUGAGUUUCAUUCAGGUUUUGUUCAGAUUGGAUUUGUAAGCUUUGGAUGUAUGAUUCAUUAUUCUUUCAAUUUUAUACGUCAAUCUUGCUGAUGUAUUGUGUUCAUUUGGAGUAUCCUUUGCUGGCACAGAA